AUCUUAUUAAUAAAAAUGCGAGUGGAGGAAGUAUUUAUUGAGAAACCUGUAAAAAUAUAAAUAUACAUAUAAAUAAAUAAAUUAAAGUUGAAUAUAUGUAUAUUAAUGAUAUAAAGAUAUUUUCACAAUUAAGUGUAGUAAAUUAUAACAGAAUACUUUGGUAAUAAAAUGAGCUAUAAGAAGAUCAGAUUGCCUCUAUUAGGCAGAAAUUAUAGACAACGUUUUCUUCAAUUAUUAAGAAAUCUUUCGUCAAGCAAUGAUCAGUAUAAAUUUGAUGUCAUUGUUAUUGGUGGUGGUCAUGCUGGAACAGAAGCUUGUGCAGCAGCUGCUAGGAUGGGUGCAAAAACAUUAUUAGUUACUCAUAAGAAAAGCACGAUAGGAGAAAUGUCGUGUAAUCCAUCCUUUGGUGGAAUUGGAAAAGGGAACCUUAUGAGAGAAAUAGAUGCUUUAGAUGGUAUUUGUUGCCGUAUAUGUGACAUCUCUGGAAUUAAUUAUAAAAUACUAAAUAUUUCUAGAGGACCAGCUGUAUGGGGAUAUAGAGCUCAAAUUGAUCGUGUCUUAUAUAAGAAUCACAUACAGAAGGAGCUUUUCAAUACACCUGGUUUACAAAUAUAUGAAUCCUCUGUGGAAGAUUUAAUUGUACAUGGAGAUUCUCCAAGUUGUCAUGGAAUAAUUCUUAAGGAUGGGACAAAAAUAUACAGUGAUACAGUUGUCAUAACAACAGGUACUUUUUUAAAAGGUCAAAUUAAUAUUGGGUUAGAAAAAAGACCUGCUGGUAGAUUUGGUGAUGAACCCAGCAUUGGAUUAGCUAACACGUUAGAAACAAUUGGAUUUAGAAUGGGAAGAUUAAAAACUGGUACACCACCGCGGCUAGAAAAAUCUACUAUCGAUUUUUCCAAAUGUCAUGUAUCUAAACCAGACAAAGUAUCAAUGCCAUUUUCAUUCAUGAAUAAUACUGUCUGGUUACCCGUAGAACAACAAAUAAAUACUUAUCUAACAUAUACAAACGAAGCUGUCUCAAAAAUUGUAAAAGACAACAUGCAUUGUAAUUUACACGUUACAGAGGAGAUAUCAGGACCGCGGUAUUGUCCAAGUAUAGAAAGCAAAGUUCUUAAGUUUAGUACACAUGAACACCAAAUUUGGCUGGAACCUGAAGGUUUAGAUUCACCCCUAAUAUACCCUUCAGGAUUAUCGUGUACACUUCCAGCAGAGAAACAAGAAGAACUUAUUAAAUGUAUUCCAGGAUUAGAAAAUGCGAAAAUGGUGAGACCAGGUUAUGGAGUUGAGUAUGAUUAUAUUGACCCAAAAGAAUUACAUGUUACGUUAGAGACCAAAAGGAUUCCAGGGCUAUUUCUUGCUGGACAAAUAAAUGGUACAACUGGUUACGAAGAAGCAGCUGCACAAGGAAUUAUAGCAGGUGUUAAUGCUGCAGCCAAGGUUCUUAAUAAAAAGCCAUUGAUAAUAAGUCGAACAGAAGGUUAUAUCGGUGUACUCAUUGAUGAUCUUACUACACUUGGUACAAACGAACCAUAUAGAAUGUUCACCAGUCGUGCAGAAUUUCGAUUAAGUCUACGACCAGAUAAUGCAGAUCAAAGGCUUACCAAAAAGGGAUAUGAAAGUGGUUGCGUAUCAGAGGAAAGAAUGAUAAAAACAGAAGCAAUUUUAUCCAAACUAACAGAAAAUAUAGAGUUAUUUAAAAAUGAAAUUCAUCACAAUGCAAAGUGGUGUCAAUUAUUGGGUAUUAAACCUUCUAGGAAUCGUAAUUUAAGAUCUGGUUUUGAUAUAUUACAGUUUUGUGAAAUUGAUCUAGUUAUCAAAGCACUUCCUGACCGCUUUGGACAUCUUGCGGAUGAUCCCAUUAUUUCAAGAAGAUUAAAGAUAGAAGCAUUGUAUGCAGAUUGCUUAAAGAGAAUAGAGAUAGAAAUCAGUGAAAUUCGCAAAAACGAACAGAUGCUUAUCCCGCCAUCCAUAGACUAUAACUUGCCUCAAUUAAAUUUAUCCAUAGAAGAAAAGGAAAAACUCUCUGAGUUUCAACCAUUUACAAUUGCUGCAGCCAGUCGUAUUCAAGGAGUCACUCCACCUGCUAUUUUGCGUUUAAUCAGUUAUAUACGGAAAAAUAUAUAGAAAAAUGUACAUAAUAGAGCUAGCAAAUCAACUUUAAUAGGAAAUCAACUUUAAUAGCAAAUCAACUAAAAUAAAUAGCCGAUCAAAUCAUAUACUUUA